AUGUUGUCGGCUCGUAGCAUUGUUCAAAGACCUGUGGCUCGUGGGUUGGCUACAGUGUCUAAACUCACUAGAGACUCUAAGGUCCACCAAAAUUUGCUUGAAGACCACUCAUUCAUCAACUACAAGCAGAACUUGGAAAAUGUUGAUAUCGUUAGAAAGAGACUGGGAAGACCUUUGACUUAUGCUGAAAAGAUCUUGUACGGUCAUUUGGAUGACCCUCACAACCAGGAAAUUGAGAGAGGUGUUAGUUACUUGAAAUUGAGACCAGAUCGUGUGGCAUGUCAGGAUGCAACCGCGCAAAUGGCUAUUUUGCAAUUCAUGAGUGCUGGCCUACCACAAGUCGCCAGACCAGUCACAGUCCACUGUGACCAUUUGAUUCAAGCUCAAGUUGGUGGAGAGAAGGAUUUGAAGAGAGCCAUUGAUCUCAACAAAGAAGUUUACGACUUUUUGGCUACCGCUACUGCCAAGUACAACAUGGGUUUCUGGAAGCCCGGUUCCGGUAUCAUUCACCAAAUCGUUCUAGAAAACUACGCUUUUCCAGGUGCUUUGAUCAUUGGUACCGACUCUCACACUCCAAACGCGGGUGGUUUGGGUCAAUUGGCCAUUGGUGUCGGUGGUGCAGAUGCCGUCGAUGUCAUGUCCAACCUUCCUUGGGAAUUGAAGGCCCCAAAGAUUCUUGGUGUCAAAUUGACCGGUAAGAUGAACGGCUGGACCUCUCCCAAGGAUAUCAUUCUAAAAUUGGCUGGUAUCACUACCGUCAAGGGUGGUACUGGUAAGAUUGUCGAGUACUUCGGUGAGGGUGUCAACACCUUCUCUGCUACCGGUAUGGGUACCAUCUGUAAUAUGGGUGCUGAAAUCGGUGCAACCACUUCCGUUUUUCCCUUCAAUGAAUCUAUGGUUGAAUUCUUGAAGGCGACCAAGCGUGGUGAAAUUGCUGACUUUGCUAAGCUAUACCACAAUGAUCUAUUGUCCGCAGACAAGGGUGCCGAAUACGAUGAAUUGAUCGAGAUCGAUUUGAACACUUUGGAACCUUACAUCAACGGUCCUUUCACUCCAGAUUUGGCCACCCCGAUUUCGAAGAUGAAGGAUGUUGCUGUCAAGAACAACUGGCCACUGGAUGUCAAGGUCGGUUUGAUCGGUUCUUGUACGAACUCUUCUUAUGAGGACAUGUCGCGUGCUGCAUCCAUUGUUGAAAAUGCUGCUGCUCAUGGCUUGAAAUCUAAGACCAUCUUCACUGUGACUCCAGGUUCUGAACAAAUUAGAGCUACUAUUGCACGUGAUGGUCAGUUGGACACUUUCAAGCAAUUUGGUGGUAUCGUUUUGGCUAACGCUUGCGGUCCAUGCAUUGGUCAAUGGGACCGUCAGGACAUCAAGAAGGGUGACAAAAACACCAUUGUCUCUUCCUACAACAGAAACUUCACCUCCAGAAACGACGGUAACCCAGAGACUCAUUCUUUCGUCGCUUCCCCAGAGAUUGUUACUGCGUUCGCGAUUGCUGGUGACUUGAGAUUCAACCCAUUGACCGACAAAUUGAAGGACAAGGACGGCAAUGAGUUUCUAUUGGAACCCCCAACCGGUGUCGGUCUUCCUGUCAAGGGAUACGACCCAGGUAGCAACACUUACCAGGCCCCACCUGCUGAUCGUUCCUCCGUCUCGGUCAAGGUGUCUCCAACCUCGGACCGUUUGCAAUUGUUGAAACCUUUCAAACCUUGGGAUGGUAAGGACCCUAAGGACAUGCCAAUUUUGAUCAAGUCUUUGGGUAAGACCACCACGGACCAUAUCUCUAUGGCUGGUCCAUGGUUGAAAUACCGUGGUCACCUUGAAAACAUCUCCAACAACUACAUGAUUGGCGCUAUCAACGCAGAAAACAAAAAGGCCAACAGCGUCAAAAACCACUACACGGGUGAGUACGCUGGCGUGCCAGAGACCGCUAGAGCCUACAGAGACAAGGGUAUCAAAUGGGUUGUUAUUGGUGGCGAAAACUUCGGUGAAGGUUCUUCUCGUGAACAUGCCGCUUUGGAACCUAGAUUCUUGGGUGGUUUUGCUAUCAUCACCAAGUCCUUUGCUCGUAUCCAUGAAACCAACUUGAAGAAGCAGGGUCUUCUACCUUUGAACUUUGCUAACCCAGAGGCUUACGACAAAAUCAACCCAGACGACACUGUUGACAUUCUAGGACUAGACGGACUAGCUCCAGGAAAGAACGUGACUCUAAGAGUGCACCCCAAGUCCGGAGAGGCCUGGGAGACGCCUUUGACUCACACUUUCAACAAGGAACAGAUCGAGUGGUUCAAGGCUGGCUCUGCUUUGAACAAAUUGGCCCAGGGUAAGAAAUAA